UCCUUCAUUAUAGAAAAACAUGCACCCCACGUUCUCUCAACCAUUCACAAAAACAGAGAACUAACAUCAAAGACUCUUUCAUUCUCUAUCAACAACAACAAAGAAAGCUUCGUCUCUUUUUCUCUUCCUAGCAACGCCUGUUGAACCCCUUUUCCUUCUCUUAAAAAAAAAGUUUCCAUUUUGUUCAUCCAUCUCCAUAUCAUAUCAUAUCAUAUUUUUUGUUUUAUGGUCUCAUACUCCGUCACAUAAGACACAUAAUAUUAUUUUUGCUUGAAUCAGAAAAAAAAUAUGGUUCGAGCAGUAGAGGAAGAGAAAUUAGAGAUUCAGUCUUCUGAAUCUCAAAAAAUUAAUGGGUGGAAACUUACCCGUAAAGAGACCAUCAAGGCACGUAAUAAAGCCGACGAUUCUGCCUCUGCUCCCAUCAACCAGAACAAUAACCCGCAUUCAGAUAUGGAGCUGAUGAAGGAAAAAUUUGCCAAGUUACUCCUUGGCGAGGAUAUGUCUGGCGGAGGAAAGGGUGUUUCAUCAGCAUUGGCGUUGUCAAAUGCAAUCACAAACCUUGCAGCCUCGGCGUUUGGGGAACAGAAGAGACUAGAGCCCAUGCAACCAGAAACAAAAGCCAAGUGGAGAAAAGAAAUUGAUUGGCUUUUAUCUGUUACAGAUCAUAUUGUUGAAUUUGUUGCUUCUAAACAAAAAUCAAAAGACGGAACAAACAUGGAUAUUAUGGUGACGAAGCAGAGAACCGAUCUUCAAAUGAACAUUCCAGCAUUACGCAAACUUGAUGCAAUGCUUUUGGAUUGUUUAGAUAGUUUUAAAGACCAAAGUGAAAUCUCUUAUACAUCCAAGGACGAUGAAGGAAAAAACAGCAGGAAAGAUGAUAAAUGGUGGAUACCUACCCCUAAGGUUCCUCCUAAUGGCUUGUCCGAUGCUACAAGGAAAUGGCUGCAAUUUCAGAAAGAUUCAGUAAACCAAGUUCAUAAAGCAGCCUUGGCUAUAAAUGCUCAAGUGCUUACAGAGAUGGAGGUUCCUGAAAAUUAUAUCGAAAACCUUCCAAAGAAUGGGAGAGCGAGUCUUGGUGACUCGAUAUACAGGAGCAUCACGGAUGAAUACUUUGAUCCGGACUACUUCCUUUCGACUAUGGACUUGUCUUCAGAACAUAAAAUUCUAGAUCUCAAAAACAGGAUUGAGGCGUCCGUAAUUAUUUGGAGAAGAAAGAUGACUGCAAAAGAUGGGAAGUCAGCCUGGAGUUCAGCCGUUAGUAUGGAGAAAAGAGAAUUAUUUGAAGACAGAGCAGAAACUAUCUUGCUUAUCCUUAAGCAUCGGUUCCCUGGAAUUCCUCAGUCAUCACUAGAUAUAAGCAAAAUCCAGUACAAUAGAGAUAUCGGGCAAGCUAUUUUAGAAAGCUAUUCGAGAAUAAUUGAAAGCAGGGCAUACACAGUCAUGUCGCGAAUUGAUGAUGUACUACAAGCAGAUGAUCUGGCCCAAAAUCCUUCAAAUGGAGAAGUAAAGAGGUUCCCUAUAGAAGACUCGUUAGGAGUAUCAGAUAAUGAUAAAGAAGAAGUAGAGAAGCUUAACUCUGGAGAGAUUCCUAAUUCAAUGACACUGCUGGAUUUCAUGGGUUGGGGAGAAGGAGAAGAUGACACGGAGAAAGAUGUGAAGGAGGACCGAUCCAAAGAAAGUGACGGAAAGCUCCUAAGUAAACCUCCAAAUGUAGUUACAAACAAGAGAGUUUCUUACCUAGAGAAUUUAGCUGGUUCCAGAAGUCCAACAGCACGCCACUAAGUGAGAAUACUGAUCGACUCAUCAGAGGCAAUUAAGGACUGACGGACAGAGUUUCCAUCAGAUUAAUUAAGAAAGCUCGGCGUCAAGUGUACAUAUCGAGAUGAAAUCAUACCAAUCUAGGAUUUCACUAAAGUCAUUCUCUUUUGUAAUUAGGGAUAAGUUAGUAGAGACCUAUUGGCCUGUGGAAGUUCUUGAAAUGGUUUACUCAGUACAAGAUGUCACCUUGUUGUUGAACAACAAUGGGAAUUGCAGACCUUUUACCUUGAAUAACCUCUGGUUUUCAGAUCUAUUAAUAAUAAUACGAUCUGUAGUUCAUAAUUUGAAAUCUAUCUGGUUUACAGUUUACACAAUCAAUAAUUGGUUAAACGUUAAUUCACCAGAAACUUAUCUUAAAUCUUUCUUUCACAUCAACUAAAGAAAGUAUACGUUAGAACAUAUCAGAAAUAUGCUGACAUCCAGAGACAAAUUAAUAUUGCAUCAAUCCCAAUUUACGUGGCACUGACACAAAGUUUUUGUAAUCUAAAACAAACCUUAGAUAUUUGUGUGGCUAUAAAUCAUUUCAUUAAUGAUAAAAGGAGAAUUUUUAAGUUAAGUUGUUUCUAAUUAUACAAAAGUGACAUUAAUUUUUGCUACGGUUAAAAAAGAAAAGAGUGUCACAUAAAUUGUGAAAGAGGGAGUAGUUAAUAUACCAGUAAUUUGAGAAAGCAAUGCUACAAUUCACCAUAAGAUAUAACUUGUAGUAAUUGGAAAGUCUUCAAUUAUACUUACAAAAACUGGGAAAACAUACAUUAAUUACAUAUUGAAGGUUGAGAAUUG